AUGGCAGAUUACUACUACUACAACAAUCCUUAUUCUUCUCAACCUCGUUUAUCCCUACACUUCUGUUUCUUCUUUGCUGUGCUAUUCAUGUUUGUGGGCAUCACAUGGUACAUCAACUAUGGGCAUAUUCUUGAGGCCAUUAUAGACCAGAUCAAGCUGCUACUAAUGGUGUCUCCUCUGCUUCUUCUCCUUGUUCUUCACUUGCUUUCAUGGCUUGACAUGUCACUCUUCUUCAUUCCAUUACCGCGCCAAGAUUCCUACCGGAGGAGUGGGGGAACUCCCUGGGGUGUUGGGUUGUUCCUUGUGAUCCUCAUGUUCAUGUUGUCUUAUCAGUCUGAUCUUCGCGAACGCCUGUUCCCUCUCCUCAGCAAAUGA